CUGAGCCACGAUUUCAGCUUCAUUUGAUCAUGACUUUCCUUUGCCUCAAUUGAUAAAUUCUCGCCCCGCUAUCUUCAGGGAAUUAAUUCCGUACCACCAGAGUCUUACAUCGCAUGCAGCCUACGAGGCGACGCAGAAGACUCGCAAAGCGGUCUUUGGCGGGAUGCCGAACUUGUCGUGCUCGCCACAUCAAGUGCGAUGAAGCCCCCGGUAUAUGUAAUAAUUGCACGUCCACAGCUCGCAAAUGCGAUGGGUACGAUAUAACUCGGUUGCCGGUCAAGAAGCUUGCCAUUGCACUUCUCCCACAUGCAAAUAUUGGGUCUGCACUGGGCUGGGUUACCACCACAGAGGAGAGACGAUUCUUUUCGUAUUUCACGCAUUGCUCAAUUCCUAGCCUGGCAACCUUCUCCAACUCGCCGCUCUGGCAAAACCUAGCCCUGCAGAUGGGUCAUGUUGACCGCGCCGUAUAUCAUGCCGCCAGUAUGCUCGGCGCCAUUCACGAAGACUCAAAUCAAAACCAAAUGCGCUUGUCAGGAGAAAAUCUUCAUCGGCCUCGCCACGGGUUCGCACUUGAGCAGGCCUCUCGGGCUUUUGAGCAUCUUAACUAUCGCCAGGCCUCCCAGGAUCCCCAGUAUCGUCGGGUGCUGUUACUGUGUUGUCUGCUUUUCAUUCUUUCCGAUUUACUUCUUGGAAAGUACGACAGUGCCUUCCGGCACCUGCGUAGUGGCCUUCUGAUCCUGCGAGAGACUCAACAACAGCGACUCCUGACACAACAUUAUGAAUUGUCCCUAGAUAGCUGUUUGAUUCGGACCUUUCAACGACUAGAUAUCGAGUCCUCCCAUUUUGGGACGGGAGGGCCUUUUCUAUUUACGAGUAAUGAAUUAGAGGAGAAUUGGCCUGAGCAGAGCUUUUAUUCUCCACUAAAAUGCCUGGAUGAUGCAUAUCAAAGUUUGACUUACCUAUUUAACAUCGGGAUUCCCUUUCUCGCAAAGUGCUGGCCGCUCUCUGGUACUGAAAUUAAAGCCGAGUAUGGUAAAUUGUUCUACAAACAGCAGCGACUUCUUUCUAGUUACUAUCAAUUGCAACGACAAGCCGGGAUAUUCCACAAGCGUUUCUUUCACCAGCUGAGUCAUAAGGAACAGGUGGGAUUAGAAAUUCUCCAGCUGCAAUGCCUUGGUCAGAUUCUUGGCCUCAAGACCUGCCUCAUUGACGGGUUAGUACCUGCUGAUUUGCUCCCUGAAUACGAGACCCUGUUAGCUGCCUGCGAAGAAUUGGUAUCUAAAUUUCCAGCCCGUCCAACAAUAACUCUGGAUUAUUGUUGUGUUGCAAGCCUUUAUGUGGUGGUGUCCAGAUGUCCACAAUAUUCACUUCGCUUGCAGGCAAUCAACGUUCUGCUGUCCUGGCCGCAUAGUGAAGGGGUUAUCAACUCUAAUGUAGUGGCCUCGUUGGCCCUGGAAACUAUGAAGACAGAGUUGCAGACUAAAGACCAGCGAGAUAUGUACAUGUCAUUGGUCGAUAGAGAGGCUGAUGAAGAGUUGGCUCGGUUUCUGUUUGAUACCCUGAGAUCCGCACAGGACGCUACUAACUGGUCGUUGAUUAGAGCUGCCAAAAUUUUUCAGGUAGACGGGAAAAAGUCACCAUCACACAUACCUGAAUUUUCCAAAAUAGAGUAAUCUCUAUUGAGCAUACUGCGUUUUUCGGUUGUAUGAUAUUAUUACAUAUGUAUUUAUUAAACCGUGAACCUUCUUAUGUCAAUUGAUAAUAUAGAUUACAUAUGUACAUAUCUAGCACUUUUUAUUAUUUUUCAAAUGUGAC